AUGGAGAACUCCAGAGAGCAGCCUGAACAACCACAACAGCCAAGAACCGGCGGCCAGCGCCUGAUACUAUUCCCACUCCCACUCCAAGGCCACAUCAGCCCUAUGCUACAGCUGGCAAACAUUCUCCAUUCGCGAGGCUUCUCUAUAACCAUCAUCCACGCCCGUCUCAACUCCCCAAACCCAUCCAACCACCCUCAUUUCACGUUCCGAUCAAUCCACACUGGCAUCUCCGAAAUCGACAAUGGAUAUCCAAAAACUGAUACUCUCUCCUUACUUGAAAUGCUCAAUGUCCGAUGUGUCGAGCCCUUCAGGCUGGCCUUGACUGACCUGUUGACCGAAAGCUGGGCUGAACCGGUUGCCUGUGUGGUCUCAGAUGCCAUCUUGCAUUUCACAUCCCCGGUUUGUGCAAGUUUGAAGGUUCCGAGGUUUGUUCUGAGGACCGGUGGAGUGUGUUCUUUCUUGGCUUUCGCUGCUUUUCCAUCCCUACUCGAACGAGGCUAUCUCCAUGUUCAAGAAGAGAAGAAGCUGGAAGAUCCGGUCGAGGAGCUUCCUCCACUUAGAAUCAAGGAUCUCCCAGUAAUCAACACAUCUCAUCCAGAGAAACUGUAUGAGCUAGUGCAAGCCAUGGUAGAACAAACCAAGGCCUCGUCGGGACUAAUCUUUAACUCCUUUCAAGAACUCGAGGACUCGGCAAUUGAAAAACUUAGCGGGGACUUCGAAAUCCCAAUCUUCCCGAUAGGCCCGUUUCACAAGCACUUGAUGACAGCCUCUUCAAGUAGCAGUUUAUUCGAAGAAGACCACAGUUCAAUCUCGUGGCUCGACAAACAACCUCGUGACUCGGUUAUCUACGUGAGCUUCGGCAGUAUUGCAGCAAUAGAAGAAAAAGAUUUUGUUGAGGUAGCCUGGGGACUGGCCGACAGCAAGCAUCCGUUCCUAUGGGUCGUCCGGCCGGGACUAGUUAAGGGCUCCGAUUGGCUGGAGCCUUUACCUAAAAAUUAUUUUGAAAUGGUAAACGGACAAGGGUAUAUUGUGAAGUGGGCCCCACAGAUGAAAGUGCUGUCGCAUCCUUCGGUUGGAGCUUUCUGGACGCACUGCGGAUGGAACUCGACGUUGGAGAGUGUAUGUGAAGGGGUGCCAAUGAUUUGCAGCCCCUGCUUUACGGAUCAGCUGGUGAAUGCACGGUACGUGGGGCACGUUUGGCAAGUCGGUUUGUGUUUGGAAGGCGGGUUUAGAAGGGAAGAGAUUGAGAUGGCUAUUGAAAAGAUUAUGGGGAAUGGAGAAAGGGGAGAAUUUAGAGGGAAGGCUUUAGAUUUGAAAGUGAAGUCUAAUCAUUGUGUUGAGCCGGGUGGAUCUUCAUACAGGUCCUUGCAGAGCUUGGUCGAGUACUUGUCGCUGUUGUAG